GGGGCCGGAAGGGGCGGUUCGGCGCGGUACGGCACGGUAGGAGCGCGCCCGGCCGGGCGGAGCGGCGAGCGUUGCCAUCGCGGCGGGCUCUGUGGCGGGCUCCGCGCUCUCACACGGCCCGCGGGAGGAUGAACUUGGAGCGGCUGCGGAAGCGGGUGCGGCACUACAUCGACCAGCAGCAGUAUCAGAGCGCCCUGUUCUGGGCAGACAAAGUAGCAUCAUUGUCUCAUGAGGAACCUCAAGAUAUCUACUGGUUGGCCCAGUGUCUUUACCUAACAGCUCAGUAUCAUAGGGCAGCACAUGCCCUUCGAUCACGUAAAUUGGAUAAGUUAUAUGAAGCGUGUCGCUACCUUGCGGCUAGAUGUCAUUAUGCUGCCAAAGAACAUCAGCAGGCCUUGGAUAUUCUUGAUAUGGAAGAGCCAAUCAACAAAAGACUCUUUGAGAAGUACUUGAAGGAUGAAAAUGGGUUGAAAGACUCUACCACGGACUGGGAGAUGUCACAAUCUUCUAUCAAGAGCUCUAUAUGCCUUUUGCGAGGGAAGAUCUAUGAUGCUUUGGAUAAUAGAACCCUAGCAACAUACAGCUACAAAGAAGCCUUGAAGCUUGAUGUUUACUGCUUCGAAGCAUUUGAUCUUUUAACAUCGCACCAUAUGCUGACAGCACAAGAAGAAAAGGAACUUCUUGAAUCUCUACCUCUUAAUAAACAAUGUACAGAAGAAGAACAAGAAUUGCUGCACUUUUUAUUUGAGAAUAAGUUGAAAAAGUAUAAUAAACCCAGUGAAACAUUGAUUCCUGAAUCAGUAAAUGGUCUUCAGGAAAACCUGGAUGUAGUAGUGUCUUUAGCUGAAAGACAUUAUUAUAACUGUGACUUCAAAAUGUGUUACAAGCGUACUUCACUAGUGAUGGAAAAGGAUCCUUUCCAUGCAAACUGUUUACCUGUCCAUAUAGGGACACUUGUGGAACUUAAUAAAGCAAACGAACUCUUCUAUCUUUCUCAUAAACUGGUGGAUUUGUACCCAAAUAAUCCUGUGUCGUGGUUUGCAGUAGGUUGCUACUAUCUCAUGGUUGGCCACAAAAAUGAACAUGCCAGAAGAUACCUCAGCAAAGCUACUACACUUGAGAGAACCUACGGACCUGCCUGGAUAGCCUAUGGCCAUUCAUUUGCUGUUGAGAGUGAACAUGACCAAGCAAUGGCUGCAUACUUCACAGCUGCGCAGCUCAUGAAAGGGUGUCAUUUGCCAAUGCUCUAUAUUGGACUGGAAUAUGGUUUGACCAACAACUCGAAGCUAGCUGAAAGAUUUUUCAGCCAAGCUUUAAGCAUUGCACCUGAAGAUCCUUUUGUUAUGCAUGAAGUUGGAGUGGUUGCAUUUCAAAAUGGAGACUGGAAAACUGCAGAAAAGUGGUUUCUUGAUGCACUGGAAAAAAUCAAAGCUAUUGGAAAUGAGAUAACAGUUGAUAAGUGGGAGCCUUUACUGAACAACCUGGGACACGUCUGCCGAAAACUGAAGAAGUAUGAAGAAGCACUGGAAUACCAUCGCCAGGCUCUAGUACUAAUUCCUCAGAACGCUUCUACUUAUUCUGCCAUUGGCUACAUACAUAGUCUCAUGGGCAAUUUUGAAAGUGCAAUCGACUAUUUUCAUACGGCCCUUGGACUUAGGAGGGAUGACACAUUUUCAGUCACAAUGCUCGGACAUUGCAUAGAAAUGUAUAUUGGUGAUUCUGAAGCUUACAUUGGAACAGAGAUCAAAGACAAAUUAAGAUGUUAUGACUUUGACGUACACACAAUGAAGACCUUAAAGAACAUAAUUUCACCUGCCUGGGAUUUCAGAGAAUUUGACAUAGAAAGACAGACUCUGGAUGAGAGUAGUAUAGUAACAUUAGAAACAUCACAUCAAAGGACAAAUACGGAUACCAGCCGUCCAUUGGAAGAAACAUUUGAGAUAGAAAUGAAUGAAAGUGAUAUGAUGCUAGAAACGUCGAUGUCAGACCAUAGUACGUGACCAUAAAUUCUGGUAGUGGGCACAUUUUGUCUAAGUAUUUGUUUUAGUGUUUUUGUUAUGGUGUUAUACUUUCAGGAAUUUGCUAUUUUUAUAUGAAUUCAUACCACUAUGCUGUAUUUAACACCGGAGAAAUAAUGCUUGCCUUAAGGAUGAUUAAAACAUACAUGAGGGACUAUUUCCAAUUUUAUUAUUUCUACAAAAUUAAUUACAUGUGAUAAAGUAAAAAAAAUAAAAAUAAAUUCAGAUUAUGUUUUUAAAA